UUAUAAUUUGUGUAUAUAAAGACUAACUGUAGCAGCAGUAGGACAAUGAGGAUUAGUGUGUCUAUGUUUGAACGCAUCGAUCUAGCACUUAAUGCACUUUAACUAAGUCCCCAACUCCCUUCCUUCUUUCUUUUUCUUUUUUGAUUUGUACACAUGUUACACUUAAAAUUAUUUGAACAAAUAUAAAUACUACGAGAAGAAAAAAAGGAGGUAUUCUAUUUCCAUUAGUUUUCUUAACAUUCUCAUGAAACCAUCCCUUACGGCGACGGCUACAUUUUUAUUUUUGGAGCCGCAAAUAUUGUUAUAGCACAAGACGUGAAGGCUAAAUAUGCAUCUUUGCACCUUUUUGUCUAAAAAAAUAUACUGUUAUGGAGGUUUAAUAGAUGGUGAAGAAGAUGUUAGUAUGGUGAUGUUAGAUAUCUUUAAUAACAGUGGAAGCACAGCAGAGGAAAUGAAAGGCAAAUGGGCUAUAAUCUACCCCAAUACCCCUGCCGAUUUAAAUGCUAGACAAUAUCCUCAACAUAUGCAAACUGAUGAUAAAACCCUUUUAAUAAGUGGUGGUAAUAAUAAAGCUACUACCAGACUAACAGCUCAAACAGCCACGUACAACUCAGAAACAAAUUCUUGGAAAGAGUACCCGGAAUACCAAGAGGGGUCUUAUGGAAACAGACAAAUCUACCAUGCAUCUUCGGUCUAUGUUCCAAAUUUGGGUGUAGGAUUCUACGGUGGAAUUGAGGCAAAGUAUUUGGAUAACUGGACUUACCAAGAUGUAAAUGUAACAAAAUAUGAAAUAAAAAGUUCAAGAAUGAGAUAUAUCGGGUAUCCCCGGUUGACUUUUUUGGACAUUGAAGACCCUAUAAACCCGUGGUCAGUCUAUCCCGUCCAAAACAACAUCCCAGCUAUAUUUAGCUUUUAUCAGACAUCGAUAUAUGAUGAUAAAAGUAAACGCAUCUUCUUUUUUGGUGGACGUUACACUGACUUGGUUAACUUUGGUCAAUAUGAUCAUACUUUUGAUAACUCUAUCACAUUCAAUUUAACAGAUGGUACGUGGGGGAGCCAAAAUAUGUCUGGAAAUACAAGACCAAAUAGAAGAAUACAUCAUACAACCAAUAUAGCUCUCCCCGAUUAUUGCUAUGUUUUGAAUCUUGACACAUACCAGUGGAAACAGCACAACUUUGAAAAACUCAAUGCGGCUUUGGUUAGAACUAAACAUUCAGCUGUUGCGAUCAGCAAAGAAACACUAUUUAUUGUUUUUGGUCAAGAUAUUAAUAAUGAGCCUACCUUAUCAUUACUUAUGCUCGAUGUUAAAAAUCCUUCCAAUAUUACUUUAAUGGACAAAUACGUUGACCCUGCCGCAAUUGCACUUUCACCAUCCUCCAACUCCACGCUAAGUUCUGCCAAAGAAACAGAAGACGUUAAGUUAAGCACAGGAGCAACCGCUGGUAUUGCUGUUGGAGCUAGUGUCGCCGGUAUCAUUGCUAUUGCUGCUAUUGUUUUUUGUGUUUUAAAAAUGAGGAAGACCAUAAUGAAAGAAUCCGAAAGUGAUCGAAAAGAAAAUUUUGAAGAGCCAGUAAUGGAGGUCAAUUGGGAUGAAAUUGACAAUAAUUAUGUCGAAGUACCUACCAACCCUAUCUCCAAUUAUGGACAUAGAAAUCAAUUUAAAUACCCAUCACAAUUAGCUGAUGACAAAUCAUUGUUAGCUGAUGAAAGUACUACCAUCCAAUCUGAGGGCAUCCCCGAGAAAAAUCGAGAUGCAAGUACUCAUCAGCGUCCAGAUGCUAUCGAUAAUGAUAAUGCUGUUUUGUAUAAUAGAAGCCAUAGUACAGCUUUACCAAAACCAGAUGGCGCAUAAAUGUUUGCUGAUUUAACACUCUGAUCUUUGCAUGCAUGCUUAUGACUAACUAUAUAAUGUCCCCAACAGUAUGUAUGUUCAUAUCAACUUAAAUUAUUUAGAUUAUAAUCUUUUCAAUAAAAAACAAAUACCAGCUAAAAAAAAA